GUGGUCCUGGUUAGCUCGGCGGGCUCGCGCUGCGCGCUGAUUGGACAGCUGCUCGGCUGACCGCGCCCUCAUUCCCGCUCCCACACCGCGCUGCGGAUUAAGGGCGCGAGAGCGGCGCGCGGGAACGACAACCAGACUCGGCUCCGACUCUUCACACUCGGAGGAGGCAGGCAGGUGGAGCAGCUUUAUCUCAGAGACAACCCUGAAAGGAAAAGGAAAAGGGGAGGGGAAAAGCGUCUGUGGACUCUAUACGGCGUGGAUAUUAAACAAAGAACGUCCUCAGCUGGUUCUUGAGGUGACACCGCUGCACGACGAGCAGGCCUGGGCAACAGAGGAUUGUGGGAAUGGCAUCUAUCCCUGCUGUGGUGUAUCUUUGAUCAGUGGAACACUGGAAGAGUGAGUGGAAGUCAUGUGUUCCAACUGCAAACAGACCAACAACGAAUGAAACCCAAAAAUUCAUUCUUUGUUUACCUAAACGUGUGGUGUUGCAAAUUUAACAUGUGGAAUCAAGUAACGUUUUGAGUCAGUCUUGGAUUUUGGAGGACUUUUCAUAAAUGUAUCCUUCCAUGGAAAUACUCGGAGAAAAAUCAGGAUGGAGAAUCGAGUCAAAAGAAACUGUUAGAUACUAGGGCGUUUUAGAAUCCGAGGCCAUCUAUUUGCACAGUGCUAUUUUCGAACAGGCCAAAUACAUUAACACGCCACGCUGGGAAUAAAUUUAUCCUCUGCUGUGGAGAAACGGAACAUUAGAAAAGCAGGAUUAGGAGCGUGCUUGAACGAUGAUGGCAAGAAAGUGGAGGUAUAGUGGGCGGCGUCUGUGGAUCUCGGCGCUGCUGUUGCUGCUGGCGGCUUCGUCACUAGCACUGGAGUUUGACGGCCUGCCAGGCCAGUGGGCUCGUUAUGGACGUUGGGAGGCUGGCGCUAUGGGUGAAUUGAGCUUUGCAAUGAAGACCAACGUGAGUGAAUCCGUGCUUCUUUACAUGGACGACGGUGGCAACUGCGACUUCCUGGAACUGCUGAUCAGUGAUGGUCGCCUGCUGCUGCGUUUCGCCCUGCACUGCGGCGAGCCCGCUACUCUCCACAUGGAGACACGUGUCAGCAACCAGCGCUGGCACCGGGUUCAGCUGGUGCGCAACUACCGCCACACCACGCUGAUGGUGGACGGUGAGGCCAAGGUGGCUGAGGUCAAAUCCAAGCGUAAAGAGAUGGUCGUGGCAAGUGACCUUUUUGUGGGUGGAAUUCCUCCCGAUGUACGCCUUUCCGCUCUUACCUCCAGCACCGUCAAGUACGAGCCUCCAUUCCGGGGCCUGAUCGCCAACCUAAAGCUAGGAGAAACUGCUCCUGUCCUUCUGGACAGCCAGGGAGUGAAGAUUGAUCUGGAGUACCUUUGCACCAAACAGAACCCCUGUAGCAAUGGAGGACACUGCUCCGUCUACCAGAGUGAUAUCCUGUGUGACUGCACCAACACCGGCUACAAGGGAAAGUACUGCACUGAAGCUGUCCAACAAGUGUCAGAAGGUCUGGCGCAUCUGAUGCUAAAGAGCCAAGCCCCAGGACCUGCUCCACUGAAGGCCACUGCAGCUGCAGGUGUUACCGAACCAGGGCGAACCGAGUCAGUGGCCACGUUCAAGGGCAGCGAGUUCUUCAGCUACAACCUGUCUCAGACGCCUAUCCAGAGCAGCUCAGAUGAUAUCACGCUAUCGUUCCGUACGGUCCAGCGAAAUGGCCUGCUACUGCACACAGGAAAGGGGGCCGAUUAUGUCAACCUGUCGCUGAAGAGUGGCGCCGUGUGCCUCGUCAUCAACCUGGGCUCGGGCGCCUUCGAAGCCCUGGUGGAGCCAUCUGAGAGCAAGUUUAACGACAACGUCUGGCACGCCGUGCGCAUCGCCCGCAACCUGCGCCAGGUCACUAUAUCUGUGGAUGGCCUUCUGACAACCACAGGCUACACCCAAGAGGACUACACCAUGCUGGGUUCAGAUGACUUCUUCUAUGUGGGAGGCAGUCCAAACACGGCCGACCUACCCGGCUCCCCGGUCAGCAACAACUUCAUGGGCUGCCUCAAAGACGUGGUCUAUACCAAUAACGAAUUUAGGCUGGAGCUUUCUCGGCUGGCUGAAUUACGGGACCCCAAAGUGGCCCUACAUGGUGACCUGACCUUUCGCUGUGAGGAUGUGGCUGCCCUUGAUCCUAUCAGCUUCGAUACAUCAGCUGCAUAUGUCAGCCUCCCUCACUGGACCAGCAAGAAGACUGGCUCAAUCUCCUUUGACUUCCGCACCACAGAGCCCAGCGGCCUGCUGCUGUUCAGCCACGGGCACAUGCAAGGUUUACGUGAGCACCAACCCAGGGUCGACUUUUUUGCCAUGGAACUGCUGGAUGGCUUCCUGUACCUCCUCAUGGAUAUGGGCUCAGGCAGCGUUAAGUUAAAGGCCAGCAACAAGAAGGUGAAUGACGGCGAGUGGUGUCAUGUGGACUUCCAGCGAGAGGGACGCAAAGGCUCCAUCUCGGUGAACGGCCGCAGCAUGCCCUUCUCCACCAACGAAGGCAGUGAGAUCCUGGACCUGGAUAGUGAGAUGUACCUUGGUGGUCUCCCAGAGGAAAGCAAGGCUCAUCCUCUGCCCCCCGAGGUGUGGACAGCAUCUCUACGUUUGGGUUUCGUGGGCUGCAUGCGGGACAUGUUUGUUGACGGCCGGAGCCGGGACUUGCGGCGUCUGGCUGAGCUGCAGAGUGCAGCAGGCGUCAGUGUCUCCUGCACACGUGAGACCCACCGGCGCUGCAGCACCGAGCCCUGUGCCCACGGCGGCCACUGCCACGAAGGCUGGAACCGACACAUAUGCGACUGCACUGGAACCGGAUACCUGGGACCCAACUGUGAAACUGAGUCCACAGUGCUGAGUUAUGAUGGCAGCAUGUUUCUGAAGGUGCUCAUGCCUCGCGCCAUGCACACAGAAGCCGAGGACGUCUCGCUGCGCUUCAUGUCCCAGAGGGCUUAUGGUCUGCUCAUGGCCACCACCUCCUCAGAGUCCGCCGACACCCUGCGCCUGGAGUUGGACGGGGGAAAAGUCAAACUCACCGUCAACUUAGAUUGUAUCGGGAUAGACUGUAACCUUAGUAAAGGACCGGAGACUCUCAAUGCAGGGCACAAGCUGAAUGACAAUGAGUGGCACUCUGUGAAGGUGGUGCGCAGGGGCAAGAGCCUGCAGCUCUCUGUAGACAAUGUGACUGUGGAAGGCCAGAUGAGCGGAGCACACACGCAGCUGGAAUUUCACCAUAUCGAGACUGGCAUCAUGACAGAGCGCCGCUUCAUCUCUGUCAUGCCCUCCAACUUUAUCGGGCACCUACAGGGCCUUUCGUUUAACGGCAUGCCCUAUCUGGACCAGUGCAAGAACGGCGACAUAUCAUACUGCGAGCUGAACGCCCGCUUCGGGAUGCGUCGCAUCGUGGCCAAGCCGGUGAGCUUCAGGACCAGAGGCAGCUACUUGGCUCUGUCUACCCUGCAGGCCUACACGUCCAUGCACCUGUUCUUCCAGUUCAAGACCACCAGCCCUGAUGGCCUGCUGCUGUUCAACUCCGGAGACGGCAGCGACUUCAUUGUGGUGGAGCUGGUCAAAGGGUACAUUCAUUAUGUCUUCGACUUGGGCAACGGGCCAUCACUCAUGAAGGGCAACUCCGACAAGCCCCUCAAUGACAACCAGUGGCACAAUGUGGUGGUGUCUCGAGAUGACAGCAAUGUGCACACACUUAAGAUCGACUCUCGCACCGUCACCCAGCACUCCAACGGAGCCCGCAACCUGGAUCUCAAAGGGGAGCUGUACAUUGGCGGUGUGGGGAAGAGCAUGUACAACAGUCUGCCUAAACUGAUAGCAUCUCGAGACGGUUAUCAGGGCUGCCUGGCCUCUGUGGACCUCAACGGCAGGCUGCCGGACCUCAUCACUGAUGCCCUACAUAAGGUGGGCCAAGUGGAGAAAGGAUGUGAAGCUGGCCCAGGCACUACAUGCUCAGAGGACUCGUGCUCACACCAGGGUGUGUGUCUCCAGCAGUGGGAAGGCUUCACCUGCGACUGCACCAUGACAACUUACGGCGGCCCUCGCUGCAGUGACCCUGGGACCACAUAUAUAUUUGGGAAAGGAGGAGCUCUGAUCACAUACACAUGGGCACCAAAUGAGCGACCAAGCACCAGGGCGGACCGGCUGGCUGUGGGCUUUAGCACUCAGUUGAAAGAUGCCAUCCUUGUGCAGGUGGAGAGCACACAGGGCCUGGGAGACUUCCUCCAGCUACACAUAGAGCAAGGAAAAAUAUGUGUCAUCUUCAAUGUGGGCACUGAUGACAUCACCAUAGAUGAGCCAGCAGUCGUCGUGAGCGAUGGCAAGUACCACGUAGUGCGCUUCACGCGUAGCGGGGGUAAUGCCACCCUCCAGGUGGACAACCAACCCGUCAUAGAGCGCUAUCCAACAGGCAACUUUGAUAAUGAACGGCUGGCUAUAGCCAGGCAAAGAAUCCCAUACAGACUCGGUCGGGUAGUUGACGAGUGGCUACUCGACAAAGGGCGGCAGUUGACUAUCUUCAACAGCCAGGCAGCCAUUAAGAUCGGAGGCCAAGAUAAAGGCCGGCCAUUCCAGGGUCAAAUCUCAGGCCUGUACUACAACGGACUGCAAGUGCUGAAGCUGGCAGCUGAGGGCGAUCCCAGCGUUAAAGUGGAGGGCAACCUGCGCUUGGUGGGAGAUGCACCAUCAGUAAUGUCCACAGAGACCACCUCGGCCACGCCUCCAGCCGCCAUGGACAUGUCCACCACCAUCAUGGAGACCACCACCACCAUGGCCACCACCACCACUCGAAGACAGCGUUCACCCAGCCUCAAGGACAGCAUAACACAGAACUCUGAUGACCUGUUGGUGGCGUCAGCAGAGUGCCCCAGUGAUGACGAGGACCUGGAGGAGUGUGAGCCUGGCACUGGAGGUGAAUUAGUGUUGCCCAUAAUUACCAUGGACACCCAAGAUCCCCAGUCUGUGGCCCCACAUUACCCUGCGAUUCCCCCUCCCCCUACAUCCCUGAGCCCCCUCCAGACCACCAAAGACUCCCUUAUUUUGUCUGAGCCACGGCCGCCAUGCCCUCCAGACCAGGAGGAUUGUGGCGAGCCCUUAGAGGUGUCAGCCUUCGGCUCGGGGGAAAUGACUGAGUCCGAUGAUGAGGACUUCUAUAAAAACUCCCCAAUGGUCACUGAUAGGACAGUGCUGCCUCCUCCCCCUGGCGUGGGCAAAAGUGGAGGCCAAAAGCCUGGUGCCCAUCGCCCUCAUGUUCCCCCUGCCCCCCCUGCCCCGACAACCCACCCUGACCAGAUCCACAUCCCCGCGGGUAAAAUGAACACCCGUGACCAAGUGCUCCUCCCCCCAGCCCCGUCCUCCCGCCUAACUCCAGGACUAACUUACCCACCCGAUUUCCCUCGUGUGCCCACAGCUCGGCCCUCGGCUUCAGUAGAGAGGGGCCUCCCCGGUGCAGUGGAGGUGAUCCGUGAGUCCAGCAGCACCACAGGAAUGGUGGUUGGUAUCGUUGCAGCUGCCGCCCUCUGCAUCCUGAUCCUCCUCUACGCCAUGUACAAGUACCGCAACCGCGACGAGGGCUCCUACCAGGUGGAGCAGAGGCGCGGCUCAGGCAGUGACAGCAACGGCACCGUAGUCAAGGAGAAGACGCCGAGCACGACCGCCUCCAUGUCCAAGACCGUCGCAAAGGGAAAGAAAAACAAAGACAAAGAGUAUUAUGUCUGAGAAAGGAGUGAGAGAGAAAGAUAGAGAGAAAGAUGAUGGGUUGAUGGUUUUAGAGUGUAAAUCACCUCCUCUUCAUUCUCAUCCUCAAACAUUUAAGCCUUUUUCAAAAAGUUAUGACGCAGUAAGGUAAAUAUGGAGAGAGAGAGAGAGAGAGAGAGAGAGAGAGGGGGGUAAGGGAAAGUACUAAUGAUAGAGAAAGUGAAUGGCCAUGUCCUUGGUGUCGUACAUAGCCAUUUUAACCUUCUCUCAUCCCCUUUUGUGCCUCAAGGAGAUCAUCCAUUACAUUCUAGAUGAUGAAAUGCCAUUCAUUCUCUUUGCAAAGAAAAUUGCCAUUUCCAGAGCGCAGGAAUCUUUAAGAGGUUAAUGAAUCACCAUGGAAAGGGAGAGAACUCCCACCACACUAACUCAUCAGCAGUCCUCUCCAGUGUCUGCUGCUUUCUGAAUCCUUUGGCUAAUUUUAAUGUGAAAUCGAUUAUAUCCUGCAAUUUGAACUAUAUAAAAAAUAUAAUUACCUUUGAUGUCAUUAUUCACACUGAGCAGUAAAUACUCUGUGAAGUAUCAGGCAAGCAAAUGUUCCUGUUAAUUCACUUUUUUCAGAUAUUUAACUAUGUGCUUGGUAAGAAAAACAGGCCGAGAGCUUUUACAGUCAAUAUUUCUUUGACCACGUUUCCCACAUUAUGGGGUAUUAGAAAAAGUUUUGGAUAUGUGCUGUGUAAUGUUUGGCCAACUUUAAGUGAAAGGAGAGUGUUAAUUAGCUGCAUGUGUUCUUUAAGAAAUCUAUAUAAGAGCCUAACUUGUUGCAUUUUAAAUGUAAUCGUAUAGCCAAGAGGUUUACAUGGAAUUGUGACAUGUUUGACUGCUUACCAUAUUUUUACCUUACCAUAUUUUCUGAAACCAUCUCAGCCCCAAACAGUUUUCUCUGCAUAAAAUAUUUCGUCAUACCUUUACAUCACUUGUGCUAGCAUUAAUGCACCAGGCAAUUUAGUCUUGUAUUUACCAGGGAUGCAUGGAUACCUUUUUUUUUCAGACCCAGUACUAUGAGUACAUGUUUUUUUCAUACUUGUCGAUACUAAUACUGAUACCAAAAUGAGUGACCUAAGAUAUAAGAUGUUAUGGCAUUUAAACAAUAUCUUUAAUAGAGAGAGUGUGAGGGCUGCUGACCUGAGUGUGCACAGGAGCAUCAGCAAACUGGACCUUGACUCACAAGCAAAGUACAGAAUGAGUAGUUAUGUCUGACAAGCUAACACGUCUCAGGGCUCAGUGCUCGUAGAACUGAAGUGCUCCUCUUAUGUUGGUUUCUCUUCACGCUCUCUUCACUGCUCCAUGCUCGCGAAUUCAUGUCACCCUGUACUCGGUUUUUAUGAUAAUGCACUGCUUGCUCAGGUCAGCCACCCACUGUGAUCUUUAUUAAAGAUACUGUUUAAACAUCAUAAGAUAUUUUGUCAGGUUACUUGUAUUGUUAGAAGAUGCUCUAGUAGCUCUUGAUAUUUUCACAGAGCACAGUUACAGUCUGCUGUGUUUUGAUUUCCAUCAUUACUAAGUACACCAGGCCUACAUCACCUAGUAUCGUGUGAAAUUUGAUGCUGGCAUCAGAGCAUUUUUAAUGAAUACGAAUACAAAUAAAUGAGAACAGUGUCAGGCCGAUACCUUAGACCAGUAUCAGUAUCGCUGCAUCCCUAAUAUUUACACCAACUAAAUGACUAUGGGUAAAUUGGAGUUGUUGUUUUUUUUUGUCUCAUUAUUGUUCACUGUUUCUUGAGCUGAAGUCUUUACUACAGUCCUGAUCUAAACCUCUCUGUCAGGCCUGAAAUUUUCUGUCCUUAGGAUACAGUUACAAUCCAUCAAUGUUUAAUGUUUAAACCCUGUAAUUUACUUUUGAGUAGUUUUUACUGCUGCUGUGAUGGUGAUAAUAUUCUCUAUCCCCCCAAUAUCAAUAUAUUAGCACCUACUGUAGCAUAUCCCCACUGCAGACAUACUGUAUAUGGAUAUUACAGUUGGACUAAAAUUACACAAAUUAUAACAUAUAUGUCUUUGCAUUAACAAUCACAGCACCUGCUACAAGGCAAAAAGUGUCGUAUCGUCCAGAAAAUAUGGUAGUGCUACUGUAAGGGUCAAACGUAUUGUAAAAGUGUAAAAGAGCUGUGCGCUGUCUCUCUCGCCCUCUCUCUCUACCUCUCUCUCUCACUCUCUUUCUCUCACUCUCCAUGGUGCUAAGAUGUUCAUUAUCUAUUAGGCUACUUAUUGGUGUUCCAUGCAUGACGUAUUCACAUUUAACCUUUGGGUCAGAGAGUUGUUUGAUAUGAAAUCAUUAAGUUGAUCGUCAUCCUACUGGACAACUCUUGCCCCAUUCCUGGAGGGAUUCAUAGCACCACCUCAUCAUGGGCGAAAAAAGAUCUCGGCUAAAGAAACCUAAGAAAGCUGGAGCAAUUAGCAUCAAUUAAAAAACUUUGUAUUUAUGUAAAUACAAGAUUCUGUGGACAUUGCUGACAAUACAUCAGGAUACAGGUUUGUUCGUAUGCGUGUGCGCGUGAGUGUUUCGUCCCUGUUCGUCUUCUAGCAUGAGAAAGACCUAACUAGACUUUGAGACAUCUUUCUCUGCCCCUUUAUUGUCCAAGAAACAAAACUAGAAUCCGACGCCUACUGAAUGAGACUGCAGGAAGUGCAUACUGCUUGGAGGGAAGUCUUGUGGGGACCUUUUCCUGGCAUCCUCGCUAUGAGGGAAAAAAAAAGAAACUCUGUGUCAAAAUGCAGGCUCUCCUAUUGCCCUGUUUUGAAGGAAGAGAGAAAAAAAGUAACCUGACAACCGAGAACUGCUCUCGUGUUUGAAGAGCAUUUCUGUAUAGAGCUACGGGAACUCAAGUCUACAAAGUCUAAUUUUUUUAUAUAUAUAAAGAGGGCACAUCCCAGAAAA